AAAAAAAGCGGGUUACAAAAAAAUCUUGAGUUAAAAAAUAUGGCUAGAAAGAAUAAGAACAAAUCAAAGGCAACAAACAACAACCAAAAGGAAGAAGAAAAUACUCAAGAUGAAACAACUGUAGAGGAAACAACAUCGGAGGAACAAACUGAAACAACUUCUACACAAGAAAAUACUGUCGAAGAAGAAAAUAAGGAAGUUACAUCAUCUGAGGAAUCUAAGCCAACUAAUGAAGAAACAAAGCCUGAAGUUGUUGAAGAACCAAAGACUGAAGAAACCACUCCAGUCGUCGUAGAGGAAACAGCCACUCCAGUCGUUGAAUCUGCUCCAGAGGAAACAAAGACUGAAGUUGUCGAAGAACCAAAAGUUGAAGAAACAAAGACUGAAGAACCAACUCCAGUCGUCGAAGAACCAAAGGUUGAAGAACCAACACCUGUUGUUGAAGAAAAGAUUGAAGAACCAACUCCAGUAGUUGUUGAAGAAACUGUUAAGGUUGAAGAAACACCAGUCGUAGUUGAAGAACCUGUUAAAGUUGAAGAAACCAAGAUUGAGGAACCAACAACUGUAGUUGAAGAACCUAAGGUUGAGGAACCAGUUGCUGUUGUUGAAGAACAGAAGAUCGAGGAACCAACACCUGUUGUUGAAGAAACUAAAAUUGAGGAACCAAAAAUUGAAGAACAAACUCCAGUUGUUGAAGAAAAGAUUGAGGAACCAACUCCAGUUGUAGAAGAACCAGUUAAAGUUGAAGAACCAGUUAAGGUCGAAGAACCAACACCUGUUGUUGAAGAAAAGAUUGAAGAACCAACACCAGUAGUUGUUGAAGAAACUAAAAUUGAGGAACCAAAAAUUGAAGAACAAACACCUAUUGUUGAAACACCAAAAGUCGAAGAAACUAAGGUCGAAGAACAAAAAGUCGAAGAAACAAUUGUGGAACCUAAGAUUGAAGAACCUGUUGUUGCUGAAAAGAUUGAAGAGCCAGUUAAAGUUGAAGAAGUCAAGGUCGAAGAACCAGUUAAAGUUGAAGAACCAGUUAAGGUUGAAGAAUCAAAACCAGUAGUUGAAGAUGUUAAGGUUGUUGAAGAAUCAGUUAAGGUUGAAGAACCAAAGACUGAACCAACCCCUGUCGUUGAAACACCAAAGGUCGAAGAACAAAAAGUCGAAGAACCAAAGACUGAAUCAGUUAAAGUCGAAGAACCAGCUAAGGUCGAAGAACAACCAAAGACUGAAGCAACAGUGACGGAAACAACACCAGAAGUUAAACCAGUUUUGAAUGAGACUAAGGAAUCUAAGGAAUCUAAGGAAACAUCGGAAAAGAAGAAGAAGUGUACGAUCAUGUAAAUUUUGAAUAAUUAUUUAAAAGCUUUUCACUUUUUUUUUC